AUGGUAUAUCUGAAAGAGCAAAGCUGGGCUUGGAAAAAAAUUGUUGCUGUCAAGAACAAGUUUCAGCAAAAAGGAGACAUGGAGAGCUUUGUACAGCAGAGGUAUCGAGUUAAGCAAGGAUAUUUUGAUCUUUUUCCAGAGCAUCCUAAACUUCCAUGGUGCAAUCUGGUUUGGGAUAGACUAAUCAUUCCCAAACAUAGAUUCAUUCUAUGGUUAGUUUUUUGGAAAAGAUUGAACACAAAGGAAAGAGUGAGUAAAUAUAAUCCUACCAUAGACACUACUUGUGUUUUAUGUGGGAAAGGAGAUGAAAACAUAGAACACUUGUUCUUUCCAUGCGAAUAUAGUGCAGAAUGUUUGCAGGCAAUCAAAGUAUCUCUGCAAUGGAAUACACAAGCAGCAGACAUCCCCAAACUGCUGCACAUCUGGCAUAAAACAAAGCGAUUCUCUGCAGUGAAGAAGAGCAUGAUAAACACAAUGUUGGCUAGUCUUGUGUAUCAUAUAUGGAAGAUCAGAAAUGACAUUCUCUGGAAUCAGCAAAGAGGCCUCACGAGUAGAACACUUCAGCAAACUAAGCACACCAGUAAGCUGAGAAUUCAAGCUUGGCCGCCUAAGAAAGCAAAGAAGGAGGAUAUAGAUUGGAUACUAGAAAUUUAA